AUGCGUUCUCAAUUUUCGCAUUUCGCAAUGUCGUCCUCUCAAUCUAAAGCUAUUACUUACCAACAUCAAGAUAGUCUGCCUCAGUUACCUGUCCCUGAGCUAGAAUCAACAGCGCACAAGUACCUCCGCUCUAUCCUACCCAUCGUCUCUCCUCAGGAACCUAACACUCCUAGUGCUUCUGAUCUUACUCCUACUCCCGCCUAUAAACGUACCAAAGCUUGUGUCGAAGAUUUUCUCAAGUCUCCCUUGGUCAAAGAACUCCAAGCCAGAUUGAAGAAGCGAGCUGAAGAUGAAGGUCGUGAGAAUUGGUUAAGCGACUUAUACAGCCAGUGGACAUAUAUGGGCACUCGCAAACCCGUGAUCCCCUACUCGUCAUAUUACAUUGCCCAUAAGCCUGAUCAUCGGGCCAACACCGCUGCCAAAAGAGCUUCUCAAUUGGUUCGAGCCAUGCUUGAGUUCAGACAUCAACUAGAAACAGAACAACUUGAACCCGACUUUGCGAGGUCUGUGCCCCUUUGUAUGAGCGGCUACAAAUGGCUCUUUAACUCUUGUAGAUAUCCUUUGAAGCCCUCUGACACUGCCAAGAAGUUCGAUCCACAAGUCAAUAAUCAUUUAGCAGUAAUUAGGAAAGGGCAAUUCUUUGAGUUUUCAGUCACUAAAUCUGACGGGAGUUGGUUAUCAGCAGUUGAAAUCGAAUCACAGUUUGAAAAAGUUAUUAAACUGGCUGGCUCAACUGAAACCACAUUUCCAGUGGGGGCACUUACGACACAAGAUCGCGACGCAUGGGCCGAUCUUGGAUUCACACUCUGGACCGGUGGAGGUAAGAACAGGUUUUUUGAUAAGCAGCAAUUGAUUGUUUGCGAAAAUGGAGAGAGCGGUUUCAAUGCCGAACAUUCUUGCAUGGAUGGGACGCCAGUGGCUAGGAUGAACGAUUGGAUAGUCGACGUGCUUGCCAAUAAAAAGAUUGACUUGGGUUCCAGCUCUCAAGCCAAUUUACCAGCUCCAAGUCCUAUAGAAUUUGUGCUAUCAGAUACCACCAAACAGAAUAUCUUGAAAGCAAUUAUGAAAUUUGGAAGGUUGAUGUAUCCUCAUACAUUGGAGGUCUUCGAUUACUCCAGCUACGGAAGUCGUGUGAUCAAGAGUCAGUUCAAGUCGUCCCCGAACACUGUUGCACAGAUGAUCUUCCAACUAGGCUAUUACAAGCUGUUUGGCCGAGUACCAGUGACCUGGGAGCCGUCUCAAACAAGAAAAUUCAAGCUAGGUCGAACAGAGGUGAUUCGUUCUUGUUCAAUUGAGGCUCUCGAAUGGUGUAAAGCUAUGGAAAAUGACGGGGCUGAUUGGAGCGCACGACUCGAAAAAUUCAAAAUUGCCGUCAAAGCACAUUUGUCAUAUUCUCAACAAGCCAGCGAAGGACAAGCUGUCGACAGACAUUUGCUAGGAUUGAGACUUUCUCUGAAACCUGGGGAAGAAAUUCCACCUUUGUUCCAAGAUCCGGUGUACAAAGAAUCUACCAGCUGGAAGGUUGCAACCAGUCACAUGCCUUCAGAAAAUUUUAGUGGUUUUGGUUAUGGAGCAGUUGUACCUGAUGGAUUUGGCUUGGGUUAUGCAGUCAAUAAAGAGUCAAUCAGAUUUACCAUUACAACACCCACCAAAAAUGGUGCACGAUUGAACCACUACUUACAAGAAGCAGCAGAUGAUAUUUUGCAGAUGAUGAAAUUUGAAAAGGGUCAAAGUUCAGCCAGCGCCAGAUUGUAA